AUGCUAUAUGGUCGACCAGAGAUCAUUGUCUAUUCGCUGAUGCAGAAGAUCAAUCAAUUACCAUCCCCGAGAGCGGAUAAGUUAAACUCGAUAGUCGAGUUCGCCCUAGCGGUGCGCAAUAUGGUGGCUACAGUGCAGGCUUGCAACUUAGAAGAACAUCUUUACAAUAUAUCGCUCCAACAAAGUCUUGUAGAUCGGCUUCCACCGAUGAUCAAGCUCACUUGGGCAACACAUCGCCAAAAUCUGCAACGAGUUACACUUACCGAGUUCAGCGACUGGUUGUAUGCUCUCGCUGAAGCAGCCAGCAUCGUGACGAUACCAUCGGUUACGAGUGCCACUGAUUACAAUUCUCGACGUGGAAGAAAGGAUGACGGAUUCAUUAAUGCUCAUUCCGUUACCGCACCCAGAUCAUGUGAGUCCGUUAGCGCUGAAUGCACCAUCUGUCAAGGAAAUUGUGUUUCAGUUGACAAUUGUAAAGAGUUUCUGAGCCUAGACCAUUCCUCUCGAUGGGCUCUUCUGCGGAAUCAAAAGUUGUGUCGUUGUUGCCUACGAUUUCACAGAGGAUUAUGUAAAUUCAGCAAAUCAUGUGGGAUAAAUGACUGCCCCUACAAGCAUCACCGUCUGCUUCAUAACGACGCCAAAGACAAACUCAGUGGUAGCCAGCUAGCUCAAACCCAAGCGAUCACACACGACCCCAGCAAUAUUAGUUCCAAUGACUUCGCUUGUAACACUCACAGCGGGAACAGAAAAUCCGUGCUAUUCAAAUACAUUCCCGUGACACUGCAUAAUCAGGGAUUGUCUGUAAGCACUCAUGCCUUUGUAGAUAACGGAUCUUCACUGACCUUGUUAGAGGAAACCUUAGCGGCUGAGUUGAAGCUUCAAGGAGAAAAGCAUCCCCUAUGCUUGCGUUGGACUUCCGAUACUUGCCGCUAUGAAGAUUCAGCAACCAAAAUAACUGUGGACAUAUCAGGCUCGCAUAACCCAGAUAGCAGAUACCGCCUAUCCGACAUCUAUACAGUGAAGGAGCUAAAACUGCCAGCUCAGUCACUGUCGGUUGAGAAGCUCUCCGAGCACCAUACUUACCUGAAGGGAAUACCAGUGGAUUCAUACAUCGACGUUCAACCUCGAAUUCUUAUUGGUAUAAACAACAUUCGUGUAGUACAUCCGCUAGACAGUCGUGAGGGGAACGAACAUGAACCGAUAGCUACAAAAACGCGCCUUGGAUGGAUGAUUUACGGUACCAGUUUAAAACACAACACUGCAUCCGGGUAUCCAAGUAGCUAUCAUGUAUGUUCUCACUCCUACGGCGAAAAUCUCUCGAAGGACGAUGAUCUUAACACUGCGGUGAAAAAUUACUUUACUCUCGAAAGUUUGGUAGUCGCAAAGCCGGAAAGAACACUACUUUCUACGGCAGACGAACGAGCUUUGAAGAGUCUGCGUUCUACUACAAGUUUUAAUAACGGUCGCUACCAAACUGGCCUCCUAUGGAAGUAUGAUGACGUUCGAUUUCCAGACAGCAGAUCAAUGGAAGUGCGGCGACAUAAUUGCUUGAUGAAAAGAAUGCAACGCGAACCUGAAUUGGCAAGCACACUACGAACGAAGAUGGCUGAUUAUUUAAAGAAAGGAUACAUUCGCAAGCUUACACCCGAUGAAUACAUGAUGCCCAAGGACCAUGUAUGGUACCUACCAAUAUUCCCGGUGUUCAACCUAAAUAAACCGGGAAAGGUGCGCAUCGUGUGGGAUGCUGCGGCAACUAUAGGUGGCGUUUCAUUAAACUCAGUUCUUGUAAAGGGACCCGACAUGCUGACAUCCCUACCGUCAGUACUGCAUAAAUUUCGAGAACGGCGAGUGGCCAUAUGUGGUGAUAUCCGCGAAAUGUACCACCAAGUGGUGAUAAACGACUCCGAUCAACACUGCCAAAGAUUCAUAUGGUGCGACGAUGCGGAGACAGAAAAACCCAGUGAUUACGUCAUGAGAGUAAUGACAUUCGGGGCUACAUGCUCUCCCAGCAGUGCUCAAUUCAUCAUGAACGAGAACGCGUCGCGUUUUGAACAGCAACAUCCAAUAGCAGUGGAUGUUAUCAGACGACGACACUAUGUUGAUGACAUGUUGGCGAGUUUUGAUACCGAGGAAGAGGCAAUUGACGUAGCAACAAACGUUCGCUUUAUCCAUCAGCAAGGUGGGUUUGAGAUGCGAAAUUGGAUGUCGAACUCAUUAUCAGUCCUGAAAGCAGUGGAUGGUGGACCAAAUCCUGAGAAGAACCUGGAUAUUAAUCCCGACAUUUGCUUCGAGAAAGUUCUAAGGAUGUGGUGGGGUACUACUAACGAUGUGUUUCGAUAUAAACUACCUACAGACCGUAACCGGGAACUGCUAUUUGGAGAGAAGCGACCAACAAAGCGCGAAGUCCUAAGAACUUUGAUGUGCAUCUACGAUCCUCUUGGUCUUAUAGCGAAUUAUACGAUGUUCUUGAAGACACUGCUUCAAGAAAUUUGGAGAGCCGGUAAAGGUUGGGACGAACUGAUUGGAGACAGGGAACUGGAAAAGUGGAAUAUGUGGUUGCGCGUUCUACCUCAAGUCAAGUCGGUACGAGUUCCUAGAUGUUAUCAUCCAUUCAACACCAACUGUAACCGACGAAAUAUCGAGCUACAUACCUUUGUAGACGCUAGCGAAACUGGGUUCGCUGCUGUAUCGUAUUUCCGGUUCGAGGAGGAUGAUCAGAUACACUGCGCUCUUGUGGGAGCCAAAACUCGAGUAGCGCCACUAAAAUUUGUUUCAAUCCCUCGUCUCGAGCUUCAAGCGGCAGUUAUCGGAGCACGACUGGCCCUGAAUAUUCAACAAAAUCACACCUUUCAAAUUUCUCGUCGAUUUUUCUGGACCGAUGCACGUGAUGUCAUGUGCUGGCUUAACUCCGAUCAUCGGCGAUACUCGCAAUUCGUUGCCUUCCGCGUUCGGGAAAUAUUAGAAUCCACUGACAUUUCAGAGUGGAGAGGGUUAUCUGGAAAGCUAAACGUAGCUGAUGAAGCCACGAAAUGGCAGCGAUUGCCGGAUCUGACGAACAACAGUCGGUGGUUUAACGCACCAUCUUUUCUUUGGAGUGCACACAACGGAUGGCCGGUGUCAUCAUUCAAUGUCGAGAAAACAACUGAAGAGAUUCGACUAAACCUUUUACACCAUUCCGAAAGUCCGAUUACCGACAUCUUGCAGCCAGAAAACUUUUCGAGCUGGAAACAUCUGGUGCGGCUAACAGCUUAUGUACGGCGAUUCCCGACAAACGCAAGGCGCAAACAAGCAGGAGGAAUUCCCGUUACAGGUCCUCUUACGCGGGAUGAAAUGGCACAAGCACAAAGGUUCCAUGUGAAGCGAGCUCAAGAAAUGUCUUACGGUGCUGAGAUUAAGAUUCUGAUGGUGACGAUCGGUGCUACAGUUAAAAAGAGCUUACCCAAACAAAGUGGGCUCUUCAAAGUUUGUCCGUUCAUGGAUAACGAUGGUGUUAUGCGCAUUCACAGUCGUAUUGAUGAAAGCGAUUUCGCUGGGAAAUAUACGAACUAUCCCAUUGUUCUACCACGUGACCACCCUGUCACGAAACUAAUCCUCCAAGAAAUUCACCAACGUUAUCAUCAUCAAUGUCAAAAAACAUUCAUCAAUGAAGUUAGCAGGAAGUACUACAUUCCUCGCGUGCACGUUGUAUGCUGGAGAAUUUGA